AUGCGCGGAGAGGCUGGGAAGGCUGGCGGGCCCGGCGCGGGUUUUCUCCGGCCCAGGCCCCGCCCCCGCCCCGGGCGACCAAUCCCUGGGCGCCCUGCUCGAGGCCCCGCCUCCGGCCUGCGGGGAGAAGCUGCGCCCCUAAAGGAGCCGGGAGCUAGUGCGGGGCCCCGUGAGACCGGAGGAAAUCAGGGCGGCGGGCGCGAGGGAGGCAACGUGCGGGAUCCAGCCGGCUCCCGCUGCGCUAGCACGAGGCCUCAGCGGUGGCUGCGGGGUCACCGGGACUCCGAUCCGCGUGGGAGGAUCUGUCCGUCUCUGCCGAGUCUUAGAUCCGCGAACCUGCACCGGAACCCGAUGGCCACUAGCCCGAGGCCCGGCUCUGUGCUCUGUUCAUGCGCUGGAGACGUUGAUUGUUCUAACUUGGUUAUAUCCAAAGUAUUGUACUGGAUUAUACAUUUUCCCACCAUUGUAUCCAUAAACAAAGACAACCCUCUCCUCCAUUAAAUGUGGCAUUUGCCUUUGGGGCAAAAUAUCCAUUUUAUGAGAACACACACACCGCGGAAAGCAAGUGCUACUCCCCCAGAGGCAAAACCAAGCCAGAAGUCUCUGGAACAAGCUUGCACCUCUCACCCAGUCACUCACAUCCCCUCCCGGAUCGGAGCUGUGAAAUGGUGGAGAAAACAGUCGCUGUAGCUUGGAUGGGACUCACUGGGAGGCAGAAGGGCCCCAU